UCCAGUCUUCCAAAGACAGGGCAGCACCCCCCCAAAACAAAAGCUGAUCAUUGACACCCAUCUCAAUCCUUCAGGAAAAUCUAUUUCCGGAAUGUGAAUGAAUUCCCUUCCCUGUUUUCCUUUCCUGCUAAAUCCCUUCAUUCUUUCCCCCCCAUUUUGUUCUCCUCUCCCCUCCUGGACCCUGACCCUGAGCUGCAUGUGAAAAGAUGCAUCCCAGGUCCUCCCUCCCCGUCCUGCUCUUGCUCCAUCUUCUCCUUUCUUGCACUGCCUCUGCUCUUCCCUCCACCGCCAGCUUCCUCAGCCAGUACCCCCAUUUCGGCUCCUUCGCUCGCUAUCUCGCCGAGACAGGACUCGCCGACUCCCUCAUUGAUCGCUCAAACCUCACCAUUCUCGCGGUGGACAACGCCGUGAUUUCCCGUCUUUCUGGUGAAUCGAGAGAUGUGGUUAGGAGAGUGUUGAGCAUGCACCUGGUGGCCGGCUACUACGAUCUCCCCAAGCUCCGGCAGCUGCCUAACGGCAGGGCCACCUUAUCCACUCUUGCCCAGGAAAAUGGUAAUCCACGGGGUUCCAUUGAAGUUGCGAUUUUGAGAAAUGGCCGGGUCGCAUUUGGAUCCAAUCGUGAUGUCAUGUUGCUUAAAUCCGUCGCUUCUCACCCGCAUGGCAUCUCUCUUCUCCAAACCAGUGAUCUCAUCAUCAAUCCACAGACACAGGGCGAUGGGAAUUGUCUUCCGUUAUGUCCUUCUGCAAAAUCCAUCUCCAAGAAGAGUGAGGUUUUGCCCAUAGAUACCGUCUUCAAGCUCCCGUCUCCGUUGCCAACUUGGCCAGCAGGAGGAGGAUUUGGCAGUGGUAUAAUUGAUUUCGGUGGAUUGCUGGUGUACCAGACAUCAUCUUUCUCCAAAGUUUGGGCAGUCUAUGAGGGUGGACCAGACAACCUCGGGGCAACAUUUUUGGAGCCUUCAUCCUUACCAGAAGGAUACUUCAUGUUUGGUUCUUAUGCCCAACCCAAUAACAGGCCUCUUUCUGGAUGGCUUCUUGUUGGGAAAGACCAGACAAAUGAUAUCUCCAAUGGGACCUCAAAGAAGCCAGUAGAUUACAGCCUGAUAUGGAGCAGCAACUCAUCAAAUAUAAAGCAAAACGGAAGUGGCUACAUAUGGUUGCCAAUACCACCCGAUGGUUACAAAGCAGUGGGCCAAGUAGUUACUACCUCGCCUGAGAAACCUUCACUUGACAAAGUUCGCUGUGUUCGGUCUGACCUGACCGACCAGUGCGAGACAGAAACUUGGAUUUGGGGACCCACUGGAAAUACAUUCGGUGUCUACAGCUCAAGACCCUCCAACAGAAGCAUAGGAGCUCUUGCCGUCAGUGCAGGCACAUUCAUCGCCCAAAACGGCCAACCUAGCUCUCCGCCUUUAUCUUGUUUGAGGAAUGCCAAGUACAACAUUUCAACUAUGCCAAAUCAAAGCCAAAUCGAGGCGCUAAUCAACGCUUACUCUCCCAUCGUUUACUUCCAUCCUGACGAAGAAUACCUUCCAUCUUCAGUGGACUGGUUUUUCACAAAUGGAGGCCUGCUUUAUACGAAAGGACAGGAAACAAAUCCUGUUCCUGUUGAGGCUACAGGCUCUAACCUUCCCCAGGGAGGUUUGAACGAUGGUGCGUACUGGUUAGAUCUUCCUUUGGAUGGAGCGACCAAAGACAGGGUCAAAAAGGGAUACCUCCAGAGUGCUCAGGCUUAUAUGCAUGUAAAGCCAGUGCUUGGGGCAACAUUCACAGACAUAGCUAUAUGGCUCUUCUACCCAUUCAAUGGGCCUGCCAGAGCGAAAGUGAAGUUAAUCAACCUUAAGCUGGGGAGGAUAGGUCAACAUGUGGGUGACUGGGAGCAUGUGACCCUACGAAUCAGCAACUUCAAUGGGCAGCUCUGGAAUGUAUACUUUUCGGAACACAACGCGGGCAUUUGGGUGGGUGCUUCAGAGCUUGAGUUCCAAAAUGCCAACAAGUUCGUGGUCUAUGCAUCAUUGCACGGUCAUGCCGCGUACAUGAAACCAGGGAUGUUCUUGCAAGGAAGUGAUGGAGUAGGAAUGAGGAAUGAUUGUGCGAAGAGCAACAUGUUCCUGGACACCGGUGGUAAUUAUUCGUUAAUUGCAGCCGAGCAUCUGGGAUCAUCGGCCAUUCCUGCACUACCGUGGCUGAACUACUGUAGGGAAUGGGGUCCUAGAGUUGAUUAUGAUGCAGCGGAGGAGAUGCAGAACAUGGCAAAAGCAUUGCCUGGAAAGCUUAAGACCGCAUUUGUGAAUGCCAUCACGAGCCUCCCUGUUGAGGUCCUCAAGGAAGAAGGGCCUACUGGACCCAAAAUGAAGCCUAGCUGGAAUGGGGAUGAAGCUUGAAGGUAGCACUCCAUUCAGUUAAAGGGAACUUGAUUAGGAUAUUGUUGCUUGGAGAAUUGUUGGUUGUUGAUCUAAAUUAGUUCAAAUGAUAGUUGUUCCCUCCUCUGAGCCACAUCUUUACAAGUAGCUCUUGUAAUUAAUCGUCUGUUUGGAUUCUGUUAGAGGUCUCUCUGUCGUGUUGCCAACCGCAUGCUUCGUACUUGUUUUCAUGGUGUGCGAAUGAUAUGAAAUUAAAGCAAUACAAAUAAAUGUCUAUAAGUU